AUGAGUCAGAAGUUACAAUGGGUCACAGCCUCAGCUGUGUUUUCUUUGGCACUGCCAGAUAUUUGGUCCAAAAGGAAUCUGGGCGAUGGUGGAGGAAGCAAAGAAAGUUUGAUAAAACGUUAUCGCAUUCAGAGUGAACAGUUUGAAGAUCUUUGGCUCAUAACAAAUGAGCUUAUUCUCCGCCUUAAGGAAUAUUUUGGAAAACAGGGAAUCAAAGAUUUCUCAUGUUCUUUUUCUGGAUGUAUGCCCCUUCAAGAAUAUUUUGAGCUGAUUGAUCAUCAUUUUGAGCUGAGGAUAAAUGGUGAAAAAUUAGAAGAACUCUUAUCUGAAAGAGCUGUACAAUUCCGAGCCAUCCAACGCCGGCUAUUAACAAGAUUCAAAGAUAAAACACCUGCCCCUCUUCAACACCUGGACACCUUGCUAGAUGGAACUUACAAGCAGCAAGCCACUGAUGUUGAAGUUGGAAGUGACCUUGUCCCUUCCAUCACCGUGAAGUCACCAGGAGUUGUUGAUGUUACACUGAAGAAUCGAGUGGUAUUGCAGAAAGCCAAAUUAUCAGUCUAUGUGCAACCACCCUUAGUGUUGACUUGUGAUCAGUUCAUCUUUGAAUUUAUUGAACCAGAGAUGACCAGCACAGUAGCCUUUUCUGUUUAUCUGAAAAGAAAUUACACACCAUCUGAAUUGGAAGGAAAUGCUGUUGUUUCUUAUUCCAAAUCAACAGGUAAACAUUCAGUGGCUCAUAAAUGUAAAAGCCUAAUUAUUCCUUUAAAUAAUUAG